UGCAUGGAUAGCAACGAGGAUCUGGAAAUUGGCCUCUUGAAGAAAUCACAUUCUGCCAAUUCAUUUUCAUAAAAUACCACUGUAUCAUCAAUGCCCUGUAAGUCUUCUCAGCAUCGCCAAUUCUCUGUUCGUAAAGAUCUUGAGUAUCUGUCCGGGCUCCACCGUUACCUUUCCUGUUUUCAAGGUGACAACCGCACCUUCCUUGUGAUCACAGUGUGACCUGGGCCUUUCCUCAACCUUCAGACCAUCAAUUAUGCGACUUGUUCCACCCACUAGACAAACUAGCAAGGUGGAUAACUGUCUCGGACAACACCAACGCGUUGUGACAUGUUGACUGGCGAGAUGAAAUGUGCCGUUCCAACCGCGUUGCAACCAUGAAUAUGACAAGGGGAAGUUGGCUCACAAUCGCCCAAUCCCGUCGCCGAUCGAUAUGAAACUUGACAAGAUCUCCAUCCAAGAAUCCUCGACUCAAAGCCAUUUCCAUCCCUAAGUUACGAUCCAAUGACCUUGCUUUCCCAUGUUUUACCCCAUCCCUCUCCUCCGACUCAGCGCCGACAAAACGAACUCGAGCGCACUACAUAAGAUCGUGUUCUGCGGCCUGCUACUACCAUGGAAAAACUUGGCUACCGACGUCGAAAAACCCACAAUUGCCAAUAGAGCAGAACAGCGAUUUGGUUCAAGCUCCUUCCACGCCUAUGAGCCCCCAGGUCGAAUCCAGUGCACGGUCGAUACAGAAUUCUACGGAAGGCGGGUCGACCGGUGAAGUAUCAGGACUCCGCGAUUGCUGGAGCCCAUUGAGCAUACCGGUGUAGUUCCGGUGUGCUCGUGCUUUGGGUACUAGAGCACAUGAUGAUGUGUUUCCAAUUCGAGCAUAUGGUGCGCCAUGUUCAACAACGCGACCCUACAAGCUCCUGGUCUUCACCUGGCCGCGGAACACGUGACGGGGUUCAGUGUUGGGCUUGUUCGACAUCCCGGGGCAGACAAGAGUUAUGUCCUCAUCCUCAACAUGGAAUUGUCCGUCGGCAUGUGGCCAGUCAUUUGCGAUAAAGUUCGUCAGGUCUUGAGGGACAGUCAACACCUUUCAGUACCGCAAAGGUUAGAAAACCUCGAGGGUGGUGUUGAGGCUCUCAAAAACCAAAGUGAGGCCACCCAAAUCGCCCGCCAAAAAGGAAGGAUUAUUCGUAACGGACCGAAGAGCAUCUAGUCCAUUGGACCGUUGGACACUUGUUAUUCUAUUCGUCCCACCUCAACUUCUCAACACAUUGGCGCAGAAGUGUGUACAUUGCUUACCGAAACGAUGAAACUCGCAGUCCUUCAGGUACGAUCCCUUCGACGAUGAGCAAGACCUACGAAAAAACAAGGACCUA